GCGGCGCGGUGACGUCUGGCGGUGACGUACGCGCGGCGGUGGCGGCGGGGCCCGCUCCGGUGCGAAGAUGGCGUCGCUGCUGCAGUCGGAGCGGGUGCUGUACCUGGUGCGCGGCGAGAAGGAGCUGCGCGCCCCGCUAUCGCAGCUGUACUUCUGCCGGUACUGCCGCCAGCUCCGCUCCCUAGAGUGCGUCUCGCACGAGGUGGACUCUCACUACUGCCCCAGCUGCCUGGAAAACAUGCCUUCAGCUGAAGCCAAGCUGAAAAAGAACAGGUGUGCUAACUGCUUUGACUGUCCCUGCUGCAUGCACACCCUUUCCACCCGAGCCACCAGCAUUCCUGCUCCACUCCCUGAUGACCCGGCCAAGACUACCAUGAAGAAAGCCUAUUACUUGGCCUGUGGAUUUUGCCGCUGGACUUCCCGGGAUGUUGGCAUGGCUGAUAAGUCUGUCGCUAGUGGUGGCUGGCAGGAGCCAGAGAAUCCUCACACACAGAGGAUUAACAAACUGGUUGAGUACUACCAGCAGUUGGCUCAGAAAGAAAAGAUCGAGAGGGACCGGAAGAAGCUGGUGCGACGCCGAAACUACAUGCCUCUGGCCUUUUCGCAACACACUAUACACGUAGUGGACAAAUACGGCCUUGGAACCAGGCUGCAACGCCAGAGGCCCGGUGCACCCAUCAGUGCCCUCGCUGGACUCUCCCUGAAAGAAGGAGAGGACCAGAAAGAGAUCAAGAUUGAGCCAGCUGAUGCAGUGGAAGAAGUGGAACCUCUUCCUGAGGAUUACUACACAAGACCAAUCAAUCUGACAGAAGUGACGACCCUGCGCCAGCGCCUGCUGCAGCCUGACUUCCAGCCCAUCUGCGCCUCCCAGCUCUACCCUCGUCACAAGCACCUCCUCAUCAAACGCUCGCUGCGCUGUCGGAGUUGUGAACAUAACCUGAGCAAACCAGAAUUCAAUCCAACAUCUAUCAAAUUCAAGAUCCAGCUGGUUGCUGUUAACUAUAUCCCUGAAGUGAGAAUCAUGUCUAUUCCCAACCUGCGCUACAUGAAGGAGAGCCAAGUCCUCCUGACUCUGACUAAUCCAGUGGAGAACGUCACACAUGUCACGCUGCUGGAGUGCGAGGAGGGGGACCCUGACAACAUCAACAGCACUGCCAAGGUGGCAGUUCCUCCCAAGGAGCUUAUUCUGGCUGGCAAAGAUGCUGCAGCAGAAUAUGAUGAGCUGGCAGAGCCUCAAGACUUCCAGGAUGACCCUGAUGUCAUUGCCUUCAGAAAAGCCAACAAGGUCGGAGUUUUCAUCAAGGUCACCCCACAGAAAGAAGAGGGUGAAGUGAUUGUGAGUUUCAAGAUGAAGCACGAGUUUAAAAACCUCGCUGCUCCCAUCCGGCCCAGUGAGGAAGGUGAUCACAGCUCUGAGGUCAUCUGGCUCACCCACCACGUGGAGCUCAGCCUCGGACCGGUGCUCCCAUAGGCGCUGCCACUGCCGCUCCCUGCUGGCUGCAGGACGGGAUCUUGCAUCACGGUGAAGAGAGCACCGGGUGGAACAUCCUGCGAGAGCUCCCUUGUGAUGUGUGGUGUGUGCCACGGGCCCCACCAGGCUGCGAGGAGGUGGCUGAGGGUGCCGUGGUUUGGGAUGGUUUGUUCUUUCUCUUCUUGUCCUAGUGCCCACUAACUACUUCUCUGCUUCCCCACGCCGCCACAGGCUAGUUUAACUUGCAGCACGUGUUUCAGCACAGAGAAGGAUCUUGCUUUCUCCAGAUCUGCGCUACACCUGGCUGAAUUAGGGUUUAUUGACAGAAAAGAACCCAUAUUUCUGUUUUUCUUCAUGUCAGCCCACAAGCCCAAUGUACAAUAGUAAACAACUUCCUUUUCACACAGUUAUGCCCUUCCAAAACAAAUGUUUUAAGAGGUGGCCGUGUCUGCUGCAUUACUGGUGAGUUACUGGCAGCAGCACGAGGCUUUUGGUUUUCUCCUUCCUCAUAGGAUACCUCAGCUGUGGAGGACUGGGACAUACCACCCAACCUCUCUGGUGUAUGUAGCUUGCUUAGCCGAGGUGAUAGAUGCCUUUUCACAAAGGAAAUGAUCAGUUUGCCUUUAAACCCCAAAUAGCGUGUACUGUAGAGUCCAUGGAUCUGACUGGUAACUGAGCCUGCUGCCAGCUCACCGUGCUGCAGGUAGAUGUGGCAGCACGAUGUGCUGCGAGCUGGGAAUUUGGGUUCUGCUGCAGCUCCAGGCUGAGGCUAGGAUGCUCCAGAGAAAACAAGUGUUAACAAGGGUAGCAAUCAGAGUGUGAAACCUGGGCUGUUAAGGUUGGAUCUGAUGUACAGGGAACUACAGGGGCUGUUGGCUCUUCUUCCAGUUAGGGUGUGUGGGAGGGAGGUGUAACAGACAGUUCCACGUUAACCAACAGACACUGUACCGUCAGGUAAUUUAUCCAGGCUGCCGUUUGGCUGUGGUCCCAGCUCAAAUCAGUAAUUAAGAGCAGAGUAUCCAGGACACAGAAUUACCAGUAGCUGCAUAGCUUGGUGCAAGCGUGAUCACUCUCCCUGCAGAGCAUUCCCAAUUCCAACACACACCCUCUUAAACCUUCCUGAUGGGCUUUGAUGUGCUGGAGCAGGCUUGAAUGCUGCUGGCCUGGAGCUGCAGAUCCUCUGCACGGCAUGGCAGGGUGAAGCUUCCAGCUUUAGUUUUGGGGUGGUGCUGCACCCCAGAAAACAUCUCCCUUCGCACCAGAAGCCUGCCGCGGCACACCGGGGCCUCACGUUUACAACCUCGCGUAGGAUACGCACAGAUGUACAGCAUGAGUUGAACACUUGUAGUAGGUAGUUAAUGUCUAAUGCUAGCGCCUGCUGUGGCUUCACCCAUCCAGAUACAGCACUUCCCUUUUGGCCACCACUCCUCUGCAAUAGCCACUACGUUUGGGACACGAUGCAGGGCUGUGCUGGUGCUUGCAGGCAGAGAACACUAACACGAGGUGCGAUGUCUGUGCUGUUCCGUGAGCUCCGUGAGUUGUUCUCUCCCUUCCCUUAGGACUUUAUAGGUGUCGGCGUGUCCCUGCUCCCCGGAGCAUUCACCCCUUCCCCAUAGGCGCCUGUUGCCUUACUGCUUGACGUCGUGUAGUGACCUUCAAUAAAGCAAACGUGGCUCUCGGA